UUAUUUUCAAACUAAUUACUGGCGUACAAAUUUAUAGUAUGUUAAGACAGCAGACAGUAAACCUAUAUAGAUGAAGGUUUUAAGAGCUUUAUUUGUAUAUUUCAAAUGUUUUCUUUACUUUAAAAGCUUUAUAAACUAAGCUUGAACAAUGGUAUAUUUCAGUAAAAGGUUACUAUUUGUAUUUGCUGUGAUGGACUUAUUUUCAUUAUCAAAUUCUAUUCAAAAUGACAGUGAUGUUGGAAGCAGGAUGGAUUUCCUUCAAAGCUCUAUUGAUAGAAUGGAGCAUAGGAUUUUAACUCUAACAAAAACUGUAAACAAACUAUCCAAAAGAAAGAAAGAUGAACAUGUAAUGUUCUAUGCGACUUUGUCAUCCGAUACUGUACUGAACAUUAAUUCUAUAGUGAAAUUCAAUGAGAUUCAGUUUGAUGAAGGAGCUGAUUUCAACUCAGGAGAUGGUGUGUUUGUAUCACCUUUGGCAGGUGUUUACAUGUUUUCUUGGACAACACUUACAUAUAGCGGGAAAAGUAUAGACACAGAACUCAGAGUCGAUAAUGUAGUAAAAGCUAAACAAAUUAUCUCCCUUGGGUCAACAGCUGGAAGUAUUCAAAGUACCCAGUUUGUAAUUUGCAGGGUAAAUGAAAAGGAUCAUGUUUGGAUUCAAACAGGAGCUGGUUUUACCACUGAAAACUUCUUUGAUCAUCUUUUCAAAGGUUCCAAAAGUUCUUUUAUGGGAAUAUUGCUUCAUGUGGUUUAAAAUUUAAUGACAAAAGUGGUUUGAAGUAACAUAUUAUCAAGACCUUAUAAAACUUGUGUUUGAAUGACUGCAUUUUAGAAUAAAUAUUUAGCCUUG